UGGUGGUUCCCUCUUGUUUGAUUUCAACGACGGCCAUGCUUUUUCAAGGACGCCCAUUGGUGGUGUUCUCCCUCGCCGUCAUCCUUCUCUUUGUCUGGAGUCUCCGUCUCUUGGGCGUCCAUGAAGUACUAUCCGAUCUGGUCUCAUCCUUCUUCGACGAGACGCCAAGCCAGCAACAUGCAGAGAGCGCGUUCGUCCGACAAGCCAUGGGCGUCGAGUUCCCGGCCCCGAUCGACUACGGGCCCAUUCGACAAGUGUGUUCUCGUACUCGGUUCCGUCCCGGGCUGCUGUUCAGCUGCGAGGGGCAACACGGCGGCAUCGGGAUGGUACGGAACCAGAUCCUCAAAUGCGUCCGAUACGCGAUCCACGGCGGAGGCGCCGUUGUCGUCCCUUCAAUGGCACUGCGGAACGCCAAAGACAUCACCGAUAUCGAGACAGCCACCGAGGUGCCGCUGGACUACCUUCUGGAUCGCGAGGCCUUCAUCACGCACUUGACGGAAGGAUGUCCCGGCAUGCGCGUGUACGAACGCGCUGCGGAUUUUCCUUCUUACAAUACGCGGAUAGGGGAGCCCUUGAGCCUGCUGGGAGACCAGUUCGAGCCAGACCACCCUCGCGAGGGAUUAAGACACCCUGAAACAUGGCGGCAAUCCUUCGACAAGUGGCUGGACCAGAUGUCCGUCGGGGACCGCCUUCGACCAGAUGCCCCGGUACACGUCAAGCUCGAGCAGUCGUUCCUCGAGUAUCCCGUCCGUGACGACGGCGACGCCUUCGUGCACGAGUUUGGCAAGAUCCUCUCCUUCCGGAACGAUACGCGCGCCCUGGCAGCCAAGAUCCUGUUCGAACUGAAGGCCAGGUUUAGCCUGCCCAUCGAUCCGACGAGGGCGAUCAACCCCGACGCCUUCUACGGCGCCCACCUACGGCUCGAGGAGGACGCGACGUCCGCGUGGUCGCCGGACGAGUGGCGCUUCUCGCGCAUGGAGGACCAGUUCGAGGAGCAGUUCAAGAACCUGGAGCGCACGGGGCUCGGCGUCGUCUACGUCGCCUCCGGGAACCAGUCCGUGGUCGACGUCUUCGCCCAGAGACUGCACGAGCGCCUCGCCGCCGGGCCGGGUCCCGAGAAGAAGCAGAAGGGGGUCGUCCAGGUCGUGACCAAGCACGAUCUGCUCCGGGGGCCCGACAGGCAGUGGCUCGACGGCCUCACGUUCGACCAGCAGGCCCUGGUGGACUUUCUGGUCAUGUUCAGGGCGAGCGCCUUCAUGGGCGUCGCGCACUCCAGCUUCCCGUGGACCAUCGCGCUGCGGAGGCACGAGCUGAGCGAGUACGCGAACUACGGGAACGAGGGGUCGGACUUGCUGCGGGACGAGUACAGCAUCAUCAUGGGGAUGGAGGCCGAUUAUCCCUAUGUUGACCCCUUUGUGUAUGGAUUAUGGCCAUAG